CGUGGGUCAGAGUCAGGAGCCCACUCUCAGGCAGCAGCGGGGGGGCCGAACGAGGGCCCGAGCGAGAAGGCGAACGCGCGAGGUGCACAGCGACGGAGGGACAGCGACCGAGCGCAGAGCGGAGGCCCGAGACCCGCAGGGACCGCCCAGCAAGGCGCACUUGCAGGUACAGCCUCUUGCUUUGCGAGGCCCGAGUCCCGCGGCGGCCGAGAACUUCGUGUAUAUCCUUGGGAACCGCCUCUGCCAUGGCGAGCACAGGUCGGCACCGUCCUGCGCAUCGGGAAGGCCGCCGCCGCAGCCGCCGCCCCCGCUCGCUGCAAGAGGAGGAGGAGAAGCAGGAGGAGGAGGAGGGAGAGGAGGGGGACCGCCGCGCCGCCGCUCACGCAGCGCCGCGCAGCGCCGCGCUCACGGCGGCGCCAGCGGGUCGAAGUCCAGCCCCAAGCGGUCCGCGCCGCGCCUCUCGGCUGCGGGGCGUCCUCGUCCAUCUCGCUCCACUUGGGGGUGGUCGCGCCGCCCUCGGCCGCCAGCGCCGCCGCCUCUCGCGGGCCCAGGGGCUGCCCGCCAGCGCCUGGUCCACGAGCUCCUGCAGGAAGAACUUCGGACCGGGGCCAGCCUCCUCUGCUCCGUCUGGGCGGUCGCCCUCGGCCCGCCCGUCGCCGCCCGCGCGCGGCGGCUCCGACGGGGCGCCGCCGCCGGCCGCGGCGGC